ACAAACUGUAAGAUGUUGUUAUAAUCAUCGGUUUGGUUGAUGCGGGUAGAUAAUUCAUCGCUGCCAAAACUAGUGUUGUUUAAAUCGUCGAUAAUAUCUGUUGAUAUCACAAGUUAUCAGUCAAGGAUUCUCAAGUGCCAAACAAGAUGGAGGAGGUCAUCGAAACAAUUGUUACCGAGAGUAUUGAAGUCGAGGAGAGCACGACCACGCUUCCCACUUUGGAGCCUGAAAGAGCGAAAGGAGAGUUUGUUUGGACUUUACAAGCUACAUGGCAGCUUGUAAACACUCGCUUGGAAAUGGAUCAGGAAUUUGACCAGCCUGUGUGCAAAAAAAAGAAGCUUUGGGAGACUGUUGCUGAGAGAGUCACUUCAAAGCUUCAGGCUGCUGGAAACCUGGAUGUGGCCGUGAAGGCCUAUGAGUGUGAUCUGAAGUGGAGGAACAUGCUGGCCACGUACCGCAAAAACACAGAGCGUGCCAAGCGUCUCGGGGCGCAGAGCGUCCACUGGGAGUUCUUCAAGGCCAUGCACAAUGUGCUGGGCAAGAGUCGGGAGGAGAUUGAGGCCCAGCGCAAGGCAAAGCUGAAUGGUACCAAACUGGGCAAGGCUAUUGCCAGCAAACGGUUCACCCCCAUUCUGCCCAUCCCUUCAAUAACAGCAGCCCCCACAAUAACAGCUGCUACAUCUAUAACAGCCACCCCCAUGCCCCCGAAGCCCCCUCAGCAAACUCAGGAUGUGCUGCAUCUCUACCUGGAGCUACAGGAGAGGAAGAUGAACAUGUGGGCUCAGCAAAAGGCGCUAGAGGAAAGAAAGAUUGAAGCCAUUAACAACCUGGCACGUGCCAUCUCCAGCUUGGCACAGGACAAUAGUAUACAGCUGCCAAAAGAGUAAUAAAAGUGUCUACUAUUGAACCAGGCAAGGACCCAGUGCAUCAACUUUGCAUUAAAGGAACUCAACUCUUUGGGAAAUUAGGCUAUUUGCUGUUAACCUCUGUGUUAGAUAGGAGGUUCCUUUAACUGGUACAUUUAAGUUUUUGGUUCUGUUUUAAUGGAUUCUGGAGGAUUUUUUUUUUUUUAAAUCACAAUUAUAAUA